AUGCUACUUCUAUUGUUUUAUCUAUCCAAUGCAUUCACAUUUGAGACCAAGAAAACGACACUAUAUAUCACAGGUAGCGGAAAACUUACUGCCAGUUUGGUAAAACAAAACUGUGAUCGUUAUUCAAUUACCAUUAUUCAUCUUGGAGAAGGAUGCAAUGAAUUAGAAUAUGGAACUUUCUACUACUUUUACUCACUUCAAGCUAUUUACCUCCCAUCGACCUUAAAAUCAAUAACAGGAUUUGAUUUAUAUUAUUGUUUUGUUCUGGCUCAUAUUUACCUUCCUAAAGGAAGCGAUUAUUUAGAAACAGAUAGAUACAGUGCAUUAUAUACAAAAGGAAAGAAUAAAUUAAUAAGAGCACCUUGCAUUCUCGAAACUUUUGAAUUUCCUCCAGAAACAACAAUAAUUGAUGAUUAUGCGUUUUUUAUGCUGACAAUUUAUGGAACAUUUACUAUUUCAAAAAACAUUAGAACUGCGAAUACUAAUAAUUUUAUUCAAUGCAAAUUUUCGAGACUUAUCAUGGAAAAAGGCUGUAAAUUGGAACGGAUAUCAUUUUGGCAAUGGAAUAGAAAUUUGCAGUAUGUUUUUAUAUCAAAAAAUGUUAGAACAUUAGCUUAUCAAGCAUUUUUAGAAGACAAUAAAUUAGAAACGAUUGAAUUCGAAGAAGGAUCUCUGUUGGACACUAUUGACGGAAUGGCAUUUUAUAAUACAAAGAUUUCAAGGUUUAUUAUUCCUCCAAAAUGCACAACAAUUGCAUAUGAUUUAUUUUAUCUUGAUGAUUAUAUUACGUAUAUUUAUAUACCAGCUUCAGUGAUAAGUAUCGAUGUUCAAGCAUUUGGAUCCACAAUGAGCAUUCAAACAAUCGAAAUCGAUCCAAAUAAUCCUGUAUAUAAAUCAAAAUCUUCAGCUAUUAUGACAAGAGAUGAAUCGGUAGUAUUAUUUAUUCCACCUUCCACGAAAAGUUUCACAAUACCAUCAGCAGUUAGCAGUUUUGGUGCAACUGUAUUUCAAGCAUGCACAUCAAUGACAAGUAUCAAAACAGAUUCUUCAAACACAAAAUUUGAUGCUAGUGGUGGAAUUGUUUAUGAUAAAGGUUAUAAUACAGCCAAAUGCUGUAUUGGUGGAAUCACAUCAGUAUCAUUAAGAUCUGAAUGCACAAUAAUUGGCUCUUAUUGUUUCUUUAAGUGCAAAAAUUUACAAGCAAUAACAUUAAGUUCAAGAUUAACCGAAAUUGGUGUAUAUUCAUUUUUAGGAACAACAUUUCAGAGAAUAAAUAUCCCUGCAUCUGUUAUGACUUUUUGUCGGAACUGUUUUUAUGGAUCAACUGUACAAUAUGUGACUUUAAAUGGAAAUGGUCCAAAAAACUUGAAGAGUGGUCAUUUGCUUAUAGCAGUUUGA